AGGCCAGAGGCAAAGACUUUCCAGAAGAGGAGAGGAGGUUGUGAGGAACAAGCUGCGCCUGACAGAGGUACCAGGCUGGAGGUGGUGGUACUGGAGGGUCCUGGCCUGGGAUGGGGAGGGGCACCGCCCAAGGCUGGGGUGACUAUAGGCUGUGGGCCUGGGAGAGUGGUGGCUUCUUGGUAACUGGACUCCUAAGGAUUCAGGCUGAGCCUGCCUGGACUUGAAUCAGCUCCUCUCUCUCUCCCUUUCUGUGUGGUUACCAGGUCACUGGAGGCCGCUCGGUUGUUGGUUUUCGUUGGGCCUUUCUGGACUUUAGAUCUCAGCCCUUGUUUACCCAACCCUGAGCCCUCCUUGCCCUGCCCCCUGCAUUUCCUGACCUGGCCCCUCUCCUCUGUCCCCUGAGCUCCCUGGGCCUCAGGACCUCACUCUCCAGCCCACCCCCCUGCAGGAUGUCACUGCUGAGCCUGUCCUGGCUGGGCCUCGGGCCAGUGGUAGCGUCCCCAUGGCUGCUCCUGCCGCUGGUCGGGGCCUACUGGCUGCUGGCCCGUGUCUUGGCCUGGACCUACACCUUCUAUGACAAGUGCCGCCGGCUCCAGUGUUUCCCGGAACCCCCAAAACGGAACUGGUUUUGGGGUCACCUGGGACUGAUCGGUCCUACAGAGGAGGGCUUGAAGAACAUGACCCAGAUAUCGGCCACCUAUUCCCCAGGCUUUAGGAUAUGGCUGGGUCCCAUCAUCCCCUUCGUCGUUUUAUGCCACCCUGACAUCAUCCGGUCUAUCACCAAUGCCUCAGCUGCCAUUGUGCCCAAGGAUGAGCUCUUCAUCAGGUUCCUGAAGCCCUGGCUGGGAGAAGGGAUACUGCUGACUGCUGCUGACAAGUGGAGCCACCGCCGUCGGAUGCUGACGCCCGCCUUCCACUUCAACAUCCUGAAACCCUACGUGAAGAUCUUCAACGAGAGUGUGAACAUCAUGCUUGACAAGUGGCAGCGCCUGGCCUCAGAGGGCAGCAGUCGUCUGGACAUGUUUGAGCACAUCAGUCUCAUGACCUUGGACAGUCUGCAGAAAUGCAUCUUCAGCUUUGACAGCCAUUGUCAGGAGAGGUCCAGUGAAUAUAUUGCCACCAUCUUGGAGCUCAGUGGCCUUGUAGAAAAAAGGACCCAGCACCUCCUCCAGCACGUGGACUUCCUGUAUUAUCUCACCCACGAUGGGCGGCGCUUCCGCAGGGCCUGCCGCCUGGUGCACGACUUCACAGACGCCGUCAUCCAGGAGCGGCGCCGCACCCUCCCCACUCAGGAUAUUGAUGACUUCCUCAAGGACAAGGCCAAGUCCAAGACUCUAGACUUCAUUGAUGUGCUUCUGCUGAGCAAGGAUGAAGAUGGGAAGCCAUUGUCAGAUGAGGAUAUAAGAGCAGAGGCUGACACCUUCAUGUUUGCAGGCCAUGACACCACGGCCAGUGGCCUCUCCUGGGUCCUGUACAACCUCGCGAGGCACCCAGAAUACCAGGAGCGCUGCCGGCAGGAGGUGCAGGAGCUUCUGAAGGACCGUGAGCCUAAAGAGAUUAAGUGGGACGACCUGGCCCAGCUGUCCUUCCUGACCAUGUGCCUGAAGGAGAGCCUGCGUUUGCAUCCCCCAGCUCCGUUCAUCUCCCGACGCUGCGCCCAGGACAUUGUUCUCCCAGAUGGCCGAGUCAUCCCCAAAGACAUUAUCUGCGUCAUCAAUAUUAUAGGAAUCCAUCACAACCCAAGUGUGUGGCCGGAUCCUGAGGUCUACGACCCCUUCCGCUUCGAUCCAGAGAACAGCAAGGAGAGGUCACCUCUGGCUUUUAUUCCCUUCUCCGCAGGGUCCAGGAACUGCAUCGGGCAGGCGUUCGCCAUGGCGGAGAUGAAGGCGGUUCUGGCGCUGACGCUGCUGCACUUCCGCUUCCGGCCUGAUCACAGGGAGCCCCGCAGGAAGCCGGAGCUGAUCAUGCGCGCGGAGGGGGGUCUUUGGCUGCGUGUGGAGCCCCUGAAUGCGGGCUUGCAAUGACUCUCUGACCCAUCCACCUGCCUGUGCAGCUUCUCCGGAAUAAAACGCUUCGGUCA